AUGCAUCCAAGGCACUGGACCGGCAAUGGCUUUGCUGGUCACGUACAGUAUGUUCCCUACAUUGGCACCGACCCCCUUCGACCGGGGGUGAAGUUCGAGCGGGACAUGCAGAUUUCUACGAUGCCCAUGGAGAAUGGGAAGCCUCUCAACAUCUCGCAGAUGACUCGAUCGGCCAGCAUGGUGAAGUUCGUGAGCGGAGUGGACGAACGGGAGCGCCAGGCGCAUGACACCGCCAUGGCUGCAAACCGCGAGCUCCGUGCCGUGGCAUGCACGCUGCAUCGUGAGGAGGAUGGGCACAACCACUAUCGGAAUCAAGUAGAGCUGAACCAGCAGCGCCAAGACAGGAUCCGAAAGGUGGCUGAGGCCCUCCCCGGGAUGCGUGCUGCCGGCGUGGCCAGCAUCAACCCAAGGAUGGGGACCUGCGGUAGCCUUCCAGACCUCACCACGCUCCGCGGACGAGCCGGCUUCGGUGACUGGAGAACAUCGACCCCCUGGGCCCAUGGUGGUGAUUGGGCGCCCGA